AUGAUAGGGUUGGAUGACAUUUACAAGGUAAUAGCCUCAGUGUUUCCACUCUACGUGGCACUAAUCUUAGGCUACGGCUCGGUGAAAUGGUGGCAUAUGUUCAAACCCGACCACUGCAAUGCAAUAAACCAACUCAAUUGCUAUUUCAUUAUGCCUCUCUUCACGUUUGAUUUCACAACCCGGAUCAACCCUUACAAGAUGAAUUUUCGUUUCCUAGCAGCCGACACCAUCUCCAAAGCCAUCAUUCUCAUAGCGAUAUCGCUAUGGGCUAAGUUCACUACUAAAGGAAACUAUCCUUGGUCAAUCACAAACUUCUCAUUGUGUAGCUUGAAUAAUACACUUGUUGUAGGGGUUCCCUUAAUUGGAGCAAUGUAUGGGCCUUUAGGGGAGAACCUUGUCAUCCAAAUCUCGAUUUUGCAAUUUACAGUCUGGAUUAUAAUCUUACUAAUGAUGUACUCGUUCCAGAACGUAAACAAGUCGUUGGAUUUGGCAGUGGCACAGAACGAAUUAGCCACGGAUCUAGAAAACAGUAGCGGGGAGGGAACGACGACUACUACAAGACCAUCUUUUUUGGUGUUGGUGAAAAUCGUUGGGUUAAAGCUUGCUAAGAACCCCAACUCAUAUGCGUGCAUCUUUGGGCUUGCAUGGGCACUCGUAUCAAAUAGGUGGGAUUUGAAAAUGCCAAGUAUUGUUCAAGGAUCCGUAUUGAUCAUGUCUAGAGCUGGUUCUGGUGUUGCCAUGUUUUGCAUUGGGUUAUUCAUGGCAUUGCAACCAAAGAUGAUAGAUUGUGGUGUGACGCUAACUGCAUUUGCGAUGCUACUGAGGUUUGUGGUUGCACCAGCAACGAUGGUGGUUGGUUCUUUUAUCGUGGGUUUGAGAGGGGAUGUCCUUUCUAUUGCGAUCAUUCAGGCUGCACUGCCACAAGCGAUAGCAUCUUUCGUAUUUGCCAAGGAAUAUGAUCUCCACACAAAUGUGCUUAGUACUGCGGUCAUUUUUGGCACUAUCGUCUCCAUUCCUGUAUUGAUUUCUUAUUAUGUUGUGUUAAAUGUAUUAAAUGCUUAA